GCUGCGUGCUUACGCAGCACGCACGACCGGGGGUGGGGCUGGCGGCCAGGCUGGCGGCGGAGGCGCGGGGCCUGGUCCCGCUGGCACCAUGGCCAAGACUGUGGCCUAUUUCUACGACCCCGACGUGGGCAACUUCCACUACGGGGCUGGGCACCCUAUGAAGCCCCAUCGCUUGGCCUUGACCCAUAGUCUGGUCCUGCACUACGGUCUUUAUAAGAAGAUGAUCGUCUUCAAGCCGUACCAGGCCUCCCAGCAUGACAUGUGCCGCUUCCACUCUGAGGACUACAUUGACUUCCUGCAGAGAGUCAGUCCCACCAACAUGCAAGGCUUCACCAAGAGCCUGAAUGCCUUCAACGUGGGCGAUGACUGCCCAGUGUUUCCGGGGCUCUUUGAGUUCUGCUCCCGUUACACAGGCGCAUCUCUGCAAGGAGCAACGCAGCUGAACAACAAGAUCUGUGACAUUGCCAUUAACUGGGCUGGUGGCCUGCACCAUGCCAAGAAGUUUGAGGCUUCCGGCUUCUGCUACGUCAACGACAUUGUGAUCGGCAUCCUGGAGCUGCUCAAGUACCACCCCCGCGUGCUCUACAUUGACAUUGACAUCCACCACGGGGACGGGGUUCAGGAGGCCUUCUACCUCACCGACCGGGUCAUGACAGUGUCCUUCCACAAAUACGGGAACUACUUCUUCCCCGGCACAGGUGACAUGUACGAAGUCGGAGCCGAGAGCGGCCGCUACUACUGCCUCAAUGUGCCCCUGCGGGAUGGCAUCGAUGACCAGAGUUACAAGCACCUCUUCCAGCCAGUCAUCAACCAGGUGGUGGACUUCUACCAACCCACGUGCAUUGUGCUCCAGUGCGGAGCCGACUCCCUGGGCUGUGAUCGAUUGGGCUGCUUCAACCUCAGCAUUCGAGGUCACGGUCCCGAAGGAAGAAGGAAGCGAAGACCCGGGAUAACCGUGGAGAACCUACUUUGUUUAGAUAAUGCGGUUUGGAAAGAGUUUUCUGAGGAGUGGACAUCUGAGCUGAGACCUGGACGCCCAAAGGGCGAGUGCGUCGAAUACGUCAAGAGCUUCAACAUCCCUCUGCUGGUGCUCGGGGGCGGCGGCUACACGGUCCGGAACGUCGCCCGCUGCUGGACGUAUGAGACAUCACUGCUGGUGGAAGAGGCCAUAAGCGAGGAGCUCCCCUAUAGUGAAUACUUUGAGUACUUUGCCCCGGACUUCACGCUCCAUCCAGACGUCAGCACCCGCAUUGAGAAUCAGAACUCACGCCAGUAUCUGGACCAGAUCCGCCAGACAAUCUUUGAAAACCUGAAGAUGCUGAACCACGCACCCAGCGUCCAGAUUCACGACGUGCCCGCAGACCUCCUGACCUACGACAGGACUGACGAGGCCGACGCCGAGGAGAGGGGCCCCGAGGAGAAUUACAGCAGGCCGGAGGCGCCCAAUGAGUUCUAUGACGGAGACCAUGACAAUGACAAGGAAAGCGAUGUGGAAUUUAAGACUGACUGGGCUUGCCGUGUCCCCAGGAAUUUCUUUUUUCCUCUUAGUUGGGUGGGAGGGAAAGGUGUGACUCCCCUACCCCUGGUCUGGUUACUUUCAGGGCAGUUACCAACACCGGGGGAGGCUUUGGAGACCACCUCUGGUUCUUGAACCAGCUGUUCCCUUUCUUCUCCCUCCAAGGCUAGACCACGGUACCUGUUAGGGAUCGGAUGGGGAUAAGGAUAGACGUCUCUAGGACCUCUCGGGCCGUGGGCCCUAGAGGCCAGUCCCAGCCCUUCUGGCUUCCUCAUUCCUUCUCUGCUUCCCUCCAACCCAGAGACUUUGGGGAUGAAGGAAUAGGCAGCAGUACGGUUGCUUCUGACGUCCACCUCCCCAGGCUUCUCCUACUGCAAGCCUUGCUUCCAGGUGAAGAGUAAGGGAUUUUAGGGAGCCCUGGCCCCCUAAUACUUUAACCCAGAUAAUGGGAAGUGUGACUUGGAAAGGGGGGAGGAUAUGAAAAUGUCCUGCUCUAACUUUUGGCUUUAUGUCCAUUUUACCACUGUUUUUAUCCAAUAAACCGAGUUGGUAUUUUUUGUAC